GGUUAGAAAGUAGAAACCCCAGAAUGGGCUAAUUUCUUCUCCCGCCACAUGUAAACAACUCCCCUCCAUUGGCUGACGGCCAUUUGUUACACUCUGCCAGCACUCUCUUUCUUUCUCUCUCUAGAUUCCUAAAUUGGGGCGAGAAAUCCACAAUUCAGUUUCCGCAGGAAGGGUUUUUUUGUCUUCCGUCGUGUAGGAAAAUCAGCUGCCGAGCGAUGUGAUAUGGGGAUGACGAGUGACGACGCCGUAUUGAUAGAGAAAGGGAAGAAAGCCGGCGAGCCAUACGUCGUGACGGUGAAUUGUCCGGAUAAAACUGGACUCGGCUGCGAUAUCUGCCACACUAUUCUCGAAUUCGGCCUCUAUAUUACCAGAGGAGAUGUUUCAACAGAUGGUAUAUGGUGUUAUGUAGUACUAUGGGUGAUUCCUCGUUUAAGCUCACGUGUUGUGAGAUGGAUGAAUUUGAAAGACCGCCUUUUAUCUAUCUGCCCACCCUCAAUACCAUCAUUUUACCUGCCAUCGCCACGCCCUUCUUCUUCUUCCCCUGUUUACUUGCUCAAGUUCUGUAGCCUCGACCGGAAGGGAUUACUACAUGAUGUGACUCAAGUCCUCGAUGAGCUUGAGCACACAAUUCAGAGAGUAAAGGUGACCACAACUCCCGAUGGCUGUGUGCUGGACCUCUUCUUCAUAAAAGAUAACUUGGAGCUCUUACAUACAAAAGAGAGGCAAGAUGAAACAUGCGAGCAGUUGUAUAAUGUUCUAGGUGACUCAAUCAUUAGCUGUGAACUCAAGAUAGCAGGCGUGCAAUAUGACAACCUUCAACACAACAGUUCUUCUCUGCCUCCACUUGUAGCUGAAGAACUAUUCAGAUUUACACUUUCAGACAAGGAACCUCUUUCACAGGCUCUUAGUCGGGAUGUCUCGGAGUUGAAAAGGGCUACUGUAAAAACCGACAAUUCCUUGAGCCCACUUCACACCUUACUUCAGAUCAACUGUGUAGAUCAGAAGGGCUUCCUUUAUGACAUCAUGCGAACAUUAAAAGACUACAAUAUCCAGAUAGCAUAUGGUCGAUUUUUGCCUGUAAAUAAAGACCGGAGAGAAUUAGACCUAUUUAUUCAGUAUAAAGAUGGGAAGAAAAUAGUGGACCCUGAAAAGCAAGAUGCAUUGUGUUCUCUCUUGAAGAUGGAAUUGCUUCACCCACUGCGUGUUCUUAUUGCCAAUCGUGGUCCAGACACUGAGCUUUUAGUAGCUAAUCCGACGGAACUUUCCGGAAGGGGAAGACCUCGAGUUUUCUAUGAUGUCACUUUUGCCUUAAAGAGUCUUGGGAUCUGCAUAUUUUUGGCAGAGAUAGGGAGGCAUACAACAGCAGAACGUGAAUGGGAGGUUUACAGAUUCCUUCUAGAAGAAAACCGCAACUUCCAAUUGUCGAAUAUUGUGGUUAGGAAUCAGAUAGUGGACAAGGUUAGAAGAACACUGAUGGGCUGGUGAGCUGUCUUUUUAGGAUAUUGAAAUUUAGUGCUAUUUAGGUAUCUGAUUUUUCUUUAUUUGUACAAAUUUUACUGUGGAAAUGUUAUUUAUGAACUAGUAGUGUGAGGAAACUACUAUGCUUUGUUUGUGAAACCAAUGAUCCAGUUGUUUAUGUCAAGUUUAGUUCAUUUA